AUGGCGGCUACUGCAACUGAAACUGCAUCUUCUACUGGUGUACGUUAUGCACCAGAUGACCCCAGCCUCCCAAAACCUUGGAGAGGCCUGGUUGAUGGAAAGACUGGAUAUCUAUAUUUCUGGAAUCCAGAGACCAAUGUUACCCAAUAUGAAAAGCCUGCUGCCUUGUCACAAGCAAGCUCUGGUUCACCUUACAAAUCUUUGACUUCAUUGGUUCAAAAGUCCUCUCCCGGACGUUGCGGUGACAAUGAUGGUGAUGAUUAUAGCAGCGGUAACAAUGGUGUAUCAAUGAAGGUUGUUCCUGGAGCGGAAAGUUAUCAGACAACAAGUAGCAGAUUGGAUGGUUCACAUGAUGGUCCAAGUGUGAAAAUGGGUACUGGACUUGGAUCAUCUGCUUCCAAAGGUGCACAAAGUGGUGCUUCCAAAAGUGCACCAAGUGGGUUGUCUCCCGAGGCUUAUUGUCAUCGGCAUGAAAUAUCCGUAAUAGGAGAUAAUGUGCCCCAACCCUUCAUCUCAUUUGAAGCCACUGGUUUGCCCUCGGAGAUUCUACGGGAGGUAUACCAAGCUGGAUUUUCUGCUCCUACUCCAAUACAGGCACAAUCUUGGCCAAUUGCUCUACAAGGUCGCGAUAUAGUAGCCAUAGCCAAGACAGGCUCUGGGAAAACACUGGGUUAUUUGAUUCCUGGCUUUAUUCAUCUAAAGCAACGACGUAAUAAUCCUAAAUUAGGUCCAACAGUUCUGGUAUUGUCGCCAACGAGGGAGUUGGCAACUCAGAUACAGGAUGAAGCCGUGAAGUUCGGAAAAUCGUCGAAGAUAUCUUGCACGUGUUUGUAUGGAGGUGCACCCAAAGGUCAACAGUUGAAAGAGCUAGACAGAGGUCUUGUAGAUGUGGUGGUGGCUACUCCUGGUCGGUUGAAUGAUAUUCUGGAGAUGGGAAGAAUUAGCCUCCAUCAAAUUUCAUACUUGGUGUUAGAUGAGGCUGACCGAAUGCUGGACAUGGGGUUUGAACCUCAGAUAAGGAAGAUUGUGAAGAAUGUACCUACUCGUAGGCAAACCCUGAUGUACACAGCAACAUGGCCUAAGGAGGUGCGAAAAAUUGCUUCUGAUCUUCUAGUCCGUCCUGUUCAAGUUAACAUAGGAAAUGUUGAUGAGCUUGUUGCAAACAAGGCAAUCACCCAGAAUGUUGAAGUUUUGUCAUCAAUGGAGAAGCGUAGGCGUCUGGAACAGAUAUUGAGAUCUCAAGAACCUGGAUCAAAGAUAAUAAUUUUCUGUUCUACAAAGAAAAUGUGUGAUCAACUUGCAGGCAACCUAAACCGUCAAUUUGGAGCAGCUGCUAUUCACGGAGACAAAUGUCAGAGUGAGAGGGAUCAUGUGUUGAAUCAGUUUCGCACAGGAAGGACCCCAGUGCUUGUUGCUACUGAUGUGGCUGCCCGUGGCCUGGACAUUAAAGAUAUCAGGGUGGUGAUAAAUUAUGACUUUCCUACGGGAAUAGAAGACUAUGUUCACAGAAUUGGGAGAACUGGACGUGCGGGUGCCACAGGUUUAGCUUAUACUUUCUUCUCUGACCAGGAUGCAAAGCAUGCAUCAGAUCUUGUCAAAAUUUUGGAAGGAGCAAAUCAACAGGUUCCUGUUGAAAUUCGUGAUAUGGCUUCACAUUGUGGUGGUGGUUUCGGGGGGGCAAGACGUCAGUGGGGUUCAGGAUCUGGUGGUCGGGAUGGAGGUCGUGGUGGACGCUAUGACUCUGGCUAUGGUGGAAGAGAUGGUGGAAGGGGUGGUAGCCAUGGUUAUGAUUGUGACCAGCAAGAAGGAUAUGGUUACAGAUCCCACAAUGCGCAUGAUGAGGAUGCACUUAGGAGCAGUCAUUCUAAGAGCUUCCAUGAAAGCAUGAUGACUAAUAUGAAUAACACAAGUACAAGUCGCAGUCGAAGCAGAAGCCCAAACAAGAAUUCUGGAUGGGGUGAGAACCCAGGCAGGGCUCGUAGCCGUAGCCGCAGCGUGGAGAGGUUUGAUACUGCUGCCCCUUCCCGACGUAGUUUCCAUGAAAUGAUGAUGGAACGGGCCCAAUCAUCUGAUUCGCAUGAUCAUCACAAGAGAUCUCCAUCUGAUGGUAAUGGAAAGGAAACUUUUGGUGGAUCUUACAAUGGCAAUGAUAAACAGACGUUGGGAAGAUCACCACCUGGUCAACAACAGGGUACUGAACAACUUGCUGAUUGA